CCAUUUUGUGCCUAUAAAAAAGCUUCAAUCCCUUUCAUCUCCUUUUAGAACAAAAAAAUCUGAUAGAAAAUCAUCCAAACAAAUCCUUUGCAAUGUCCAUGGCUGUUGGAGGUUUUUGGUUAGCCAUGUUGGUUGGUUCAGUUGGAUUUGUGUUGAACCAUUUUCUGCCAUUGUUCUUGAAGCUUGGUCUAGUCCCAAAAGGGUCUUUUGGGUGGCCUUUACUUGGUGAAACCCUUGCUUUUCUCAAGCCUCACCCUUCUAACUCUGUUGGGAACUUUCUUCAAGAUCAUUGUUCCAGGUAUGGGAAAGUGUUCAAGUCCCAUCUGUUCUUCUCACCCACAGUGGUGUCAUGUGACCAAGAAUUGAACUACUUCAUACUACAAAAUGAAGACAAGUUGUUUCAGUGUAGCUAUCCAAAGCCCAUCCAUGGAAUUCUUGGAGACAUAUCAAUGCUGGUUGCAGUGGGUGACAUUCACAAGAGGCUUAGGAAUGUGGCUCUCUCACUAGUCACCACCAUGAAAUCAAAGCCAGAGUUUCUUAAGGACAUAGAGAAGACAACCAUUCAGAUUUUGGAUUCUUGGAAAGAUAGACCACAAGUCAUCUUUUGUGAUGAGGCUAGAAAGUUUACUUUCAAUGUAAUAGUAAAACAGGUCCUAGGUUUGACAUCAGAUGAGCCAGAGACUACAAAAAUUCUUGAAGAUUUCCGAACUUUCAUGAAAGGAUUGAUUUCUUUACCACUCAAUAUUCCAGGGACUGCAUAUGCAAGAGCAGUAAAGGCUAGAAGAAGAAUAUCAUCCACUAUCAAAGCAAUCAUAGAGGAAAGAAGAAAGAAUGCUGGAAAAUCCAAUAACAGAAGUGAUUUCCUUGAGACACUUUUGUGUGUUGAUUCCUUAUCUGAAGAUGAAAAAGUUAGCUUUGUUUUGGACUCUCUUUUGGGAGGCUAUGAAACUACCUCUGUUUUGAUGGCCUUGGUGGUGCAUUUCCUUGGUCAAUCACCUAUUGCUUUUGAACAGUUAAAGGUAGAGCAUCAGAACAUAAGAAGCUCAAAGAAGGAAGAUGAAUUUUUGAAUUGGGAAGAUUACAGAAAAAUGGAAUUUACCCAAAAUGUGAUUAGUGAAGCCCUCAGAUAUGGGAAUGUUGUGAAAUUUGUGCAUCGAAAGGCUCUCAAAGAUGUGAAAUUUAAAGAUUACAUAAUACCAUGUGGUUGGAAGGUCCUACCAGUACUGAGUGCAGUUCACUUGGACCCAUCUCUUCAUGCUGAUGCUCUUCAGUUUUAUCCUUGGAGAUGGGAGCAUGAAGAUCAAUCAUGCAAGAAAUUUAUCGCUUAUGGUGGAGGGUCAAGAUGUUGUCCAGGAUCUGAACUUGCUAAGGUAGAGGUUGCAUUCUUCCUCCACCACCUUGUUCAAAAAUUCAGAUGGAAAACCGAAGAUGGAGACCGACCCCUUGCGUAUCCUUACGUGGAAUUUGAGAGAGGUUUAGUGCUAAAUGUGGAACAUUGUUCCAAUAUUUGAUCCUCUCUCUCGGUUUUACAGUGAAAAAUCUGCAUUCAAACCGGACUGACUUGUUGCCGAGAUUCAUUGAUGAUAGAGGCGUUUUGGCGAUUCAUUUCCAUGUUACAUGGAAAUUCUUCUUCUUCUUUGAGUUGUAAUUUUAAUGUUUUCUUAUUAAUAAAUAAAAAUUUCUCAAUUCGUCUAACUAUUAUGUGGAUUUGAGGUGACAAUGAAAACACAAGAAUUUAGAAGAAAAAACAAGGAUGGUUUAGACAGAUUUGAACUAGUAAAUGGAGAAGUUAUUCCAUGGGUUAGGAAUUCUACGUGAGCGUAGUGUGCUAGUGAACAA